AGAUAUAUGUAUCAACUAUAAAAGAGUAUUCCAUAUAUUAUAUUUGUGGGCCUGGGCUUCACAAUAUGGACUUCAUUGCAGUUUACCCAUGAACCCUAAAUCAAAUCGGCGUGGGAUGUCAAUUUUCUCCUCCGUUCGUUUGGUUCCGACCACCGUCACGGUCGAUUCUCAUUUCCUUCACCAUUGAUUUGGACUUCAUUGUUGUUCGCCACCGUCACGGCUCGGGCUUCUUGUCUUCGUUGUUACAGUGUUUAUUUGUAAAACAUGAGGAGGUUGUUUGUUUAGUCUAACAACAAACAAGUAUGUGCAACUGCUGAAGGAAAAGCAAAGCAAAGCAAAAAUGUCGAUCAUGAGACGCAGUUCCUUUUCCUCAUCUCUUCGAAUAUUCCAUACUUUCCUCUUCCAUCCACGCUUCUUCUCCUAUCAUGUUGCGGAUGAAGAUAGGGUUUACACUUCUAACUCUAUUAUCCACCCUACUUCCAUUGUUCAUCCCAAUGCCAUCCUCGGUCUGGGAGUUUCCAUUGGACCUUUUUGUUCUAUCAGUUCCUCCGCAAAGCUGGGGAAUGGUUGUAAACUAUAUCCAGGAAGCCAUAUUUUUGGAAAUACCGAUUUAGGAGACAAUUGCAUGUUGAUGACUGGCGCUGUUGUUGGUGAUGAUUAUCCUGGAUGUACUGUCAUUGGAAGCAAUAAUACAAUAGGAUAUCAUGCUGUGGUUGGUGUUAAAUGUCAAGACUUGAAAUACAAGCCAGAGGAUGCGUGUUACCUGGAAGUUGGAAAUAAUAAUGAUAUCAGGGAACAUACUUCAAUCCACCGAUCUUCAAAAUCAACUGAUAGGACGGUAAUUGGUGAUGGAAAUUUAAUUAUGGGAGCUUGUCAUAUUGCCCAUGAUUGCAAGAUUGGCGACAACAAUAUUUUUGCUAAUAACACUCUUUUAGCUGGGCAUGUUGAAGUGGAAGACUACGUUCACACAGCUGGUGCGACUGUUAUUCACCAAUUCUGCCAUGUCGGCUCGUUUUCUUUUCUUGGUGGUGGUUCCGUGGUUUCACAAGAUGUCCCAAAGUAUAUGAUGGUAGCCGGAGAUAGAGCCGAGCUUCGUGGCCUAAAUUUAGUGGGCCUUACUCGACGUGGAUUCACCAUUGAAGAGAUCAGGAGCCUGAAAACAGCUUAUCGAAAGAUAUUCAUGUGUGGUGAUACAACUGCAGGGUCUUUUGAAGAAAGGCUUGCACAAGUGGUAUAUAUAUUGACUGCUGUGCGGGAUAUGUUGCAGUCUAUUCGCAAUUCUCUUGCAAAAGAUCGACGUGGAAUAUGCAAGUAUAGAUACUGGAGUGGCUCUUGAAGCACGCCGCUGGGGAUUGAUUCACAUAUUGUUGUGGAGAUAUGUGAUAUGCAGUUUUUAGCUCAAGUGAGAGUUUGUUGUAUUUAUUAAGCGCUUGUAGGAAGAGGGUGAGUGAAUUCAUAACGAAUGAAUCUCUUUAUUUUUGUUUAGGUAGUCAAUAGUACUGAUCUGUAUACUGUUCUCGUUAACUAAUAGAUAGAUUGAUUAUUUUUUUAAUAAGCAAAUGAUAGUUAGAUA